AUGGAAAAUCUAUUUAUUAAUAUUGAAUAUUUUAGAAAAUCUCAAAAAGAACCUGUUGAUGAAAAGGAAAAUAACGAAGAACAAGAAAAAGAAAUAAUCAAACCAAAAUCAAAAAAAGAUAAAAAGAAAAGCAAGAAAACAGGCAGCAAUUUUUAUGAAACUCAUAAUGCUAAAAAUCGUCCACGUAAACGACAACAAGAAGAUUCAUCAAAUGAUGAUUGUGAUGAUGAUCAUGGUGCAAGAAAGAAGAAAAAAAAGAAAAAAAGAUAA